UUUGGGUUCUGGUGCUUCUUAGCUGCAAGUCAAACAUAUCCAUACAAGUCUUGGUCCACAACUACUUCCCCUUUGAUAUUUGAUAAAAGAAAAGGAAAAAAAUAUGGAGGAGGAGUUGUUGCUUUCUCUCUUCAAUUUUAUAGAAACUUUAACAUGGUUUGAAUCAUUUGCUAAUUUUAAAUUGAGGGCUUGAAGUUUAAAGGGUUUUGGUUUCUGGGUUUUGUUUUGUUUUUUUUUUUUUUUCAUAUUGAGGCCUGAGGUUACAAUUGGAUCAAGAAUUUUUUCUCAAGUUCUUACUGUUCUUUUGGUUGGUCCAGGUUGGUGUUUUGGGAUUUUGAAGUACCUCAGGCCUUUUCUUUCUUUUUUGGACUUCUAUAUGAGUUUUGUAGCCUUCCUGGGAAUUGGUUUGGACUUUAGGAAUCCAAUUUUGGACUAGUGGGUGUUGAGGACUCAUCGAAAAACUUGAAGUUUUCAGAAGAUAUUUCAAUUUUGAAAAAGCAAAGUUUGUGAUUGAAGAACUGGGAUAGUGAUUAUGGUUGCAUAGAAUGGCUGGUGGGAGAAGAAAAAGGCAACACUUUGGUAGAAUCCAUGCCUUCUCAUGUGGGAGAGCAUCAUUCAAUGGUGAACACUCACUGAUUGGAGGUCCUGGCUUCUCCAGGAUAGUCUUCUGUAAUGACCCAGAGUGCUUUGAGGCCGGUCAGCUCAAAUAUGGAGGCAACUAUGUCAGAACUACAAAGUACACACUUGCAACAUACUUUCCAAAAGCACUUUUUGAGCAGUUCAGGCGGGUGGCGAACAUAUAUUUCCUCUUCUGUGCAAUCUUGUCUUUCACCGCCCUCUCACCUUACUCUGCUUUCAGUACUGUUUUUCCUCUUGUUGUUGUGGUGGGAGUGACAAUGGGGAAGGAGGCUGUGGAAGAUUGGAGGCGAAAAAGGCAGGAUAUUGAGAUGAACAACAGGAAGGUUAAAUACCAUCGCGGUGAUGGUGUUUUUGAUUAUGCUAAAUGGAUGGAUUUGAAAGUUGGAGAUGUAGUGAAAGUGGAAAAGGAUGAAUUUUUCCCUGCUGAUCUCAUAUUGCUUUCAUCAAGUUACGACGAUGCGAUUUGCUAUGUUGAGACUACAAAUCUUGAUGGAGAAACCAAUUUGAAACUAAAACAAGCACUCGAUGUAACUGCAAACUUACUUGAUGACUCUAGGUUUGAAAAUUUCAGGGCAAUCAUUAAAUGUGAAGAUCCAAAUGCAAAUUUGUACUCCUUUGUUGGAAAUUUGCAGCUGGAAGAACAACAGUUCCCUCUUACACCUCAGCAGCUUCUGCUAAGGGACUCAAAGCUACGAAACACAGAUUAUAUCUAUGGGGUGGUCAUCUUCACAGGGCAUGACACAAAGGUUAUUCAAAAUUCAACAGCACCUCCAUCAAAGAGAAGCAAAAUUGAGAGAAGAAUGGAUAAAAUGGUUUACCUUUUGUUUUCUGCAUUAGUCCUUCUGUCUUUCAUUGGGUCCGUUUUCUUUGGGAUUACAACUAGCGAGGACCUAGAAAAUGGAGUGAUGACAAGAUGGUAUCUGAGGCCAGAUGAUACUACAAUUUACUAUGAUCCAAAAAGAGCUCCAGUUGCAGCAAUUUUGCAUUUCUUGACUGCCCUUAUGCUGUAUGGAUACUUGAUCCCCAUUUCCUUGUAUGUGUCAAUAGAAAUUGUGAAAGUUCUCCAGAGUGUUUUCAUCAAUCAGGAUCCGCUCAUGUACUAUGAGGAAGGUGACAAGCCAGCACGAGCACGUACCUCAAAUUUGAAUGAGGAGCUUGGCCAAGUUGAUACUAUACUUUCUGAUAAAACAGGAACCUUGACUUGCAACUCAAUGGAAUUUAUCAAGUGUUCUAUUGCUGGGACUGCUUAUGGCCGUGGAAUUACAGAGGUCGAAAGGGCUCAGGCUAGGGGGAAAGAGACGCCUUUAGCUCAGGAGGUUGUAGAAGACAAGGACAAUGUUGAGGAGAUUACUGAAACAAAGCCUUCCAUUAAAGGGUAUAAUUUUAUUGAUGAAAGGAUCACAAAUGGUAACUGGGUUAAUGAGCCUCGCGCAGAUGUCAUUCAGAAUUUCUUAAGGUUGCUGGCAGUCUGUCAUACUGCCAUACCUGAAGUGGAUGAUGAAACAGGGAAAAUCUCCUAUGAAGCUGAAUCACCAGAUGAGGCAGCAUUUGUUAUUGGAGCAAGAGAACUGGGGUUUGAAUUUUAUGAAAGAACUCAAACGAGCAUCUCGCUGCAUGAGUUGGAUCCUAUGUCUGGCACAAAGGUUGCAAGGACAUACAAACUUAUGAACAUCAUAGAAUUCAGUAGUACAAGAAAGAGGAUGUCUGUGAUUGUAAGAAAUGAGGAGGGAAGGCUGCUGCUACUUUCUAAAGGUGCUGACAGUGUCAUGUUUGAGAGGCUUGCUCAAGAUGGAAGAGAGUUUGAAGUACAGACUAGGCUGCACAUUAAUGAGUAUGCUGAUGCUGGUUUGAGGACUUUGGUACUUGCAUAUCGAGAACUUGAUGAGGAAGAAUACAAUGAGUUCAACGAGGAAUUCUCUCAAGCCAAGAACAUAGUCAGUGCAGAUCGUGAGGAGAUUAUUGAGGAAGUGGCAGAAAGGAUUGAGAAAGACUUGAUUCUUCUUGGUGCUACUGCUGUUGAAGACAAACUCCAAAAUGGGGUUCCUGAGUGCAUUGACAAGCUUGCACAAGCUGGAAUAAAGUUAUGGGUUCUGACUGGAGAUAAGAUGGAGACUGCAAUAAAUAUUGGGUUUGCCUGUAGUUUGCUUAGACAAGGAAUGAAGCAAAUAAUAAUAAAUUCAGAAACUCCAGGAAUUAAAGCACUGGAGAAAGCAGGGGAUAAGUCUGCUGUCGAUGAGGCAGCGAAGGCGAAUGUCAUUCAACAGAUAAGUGAGGGUAAGGCACUGCUUAACAUAGCAAGUGAAGACUCCGAGGCAUUGGCUUUGAUCAUUGAUGGGAAGUCACUCAUUUAUGCUCUGGAGGACGAUGUCAAGGACAUGUUUCUAGAGCUAGCCAUUGGCUGUGCAUCUGUUAUCUGCUGCCGCUCAUCACCUAAACAGAAAGCACUUGUUACAAGGCUGGUUAAAGUAAAAACAGGGAGCACAACAUUAGCAAUUGGUGAUGGGGCAAAUGAUGUUGGAAUGCUUCAAGAAGCAGAUAUUGGGGUUGGUAUCAGUGGGGUUGAAGGAAUGCAGGCAGUUAUGUCAAGUGACAUUGCAAUUGCACAGUUCCGGUUUUUGGAGCGCUUGCUACUUGUGCAUGGACAUUGGUGUUAUAGACGGAUCUCGUCUAUGAUAUGCUAUUUCUUCUACAAAAACAUUGCAUUUGGAUUUACACUCUUCUUCUUUGAAGCAUAUGCUUCAUUCUCUGGUCAAGCUGCCUACAAUGAUUGGUACUUGUCGCUCUAUAACGUCUUCUUCACAUCACUUCCUGUGAUUGCCAUGGGAGUGUUUGAUCAAGACGUCGCUGCGCGCUUUUGUCUCAAGUUCCCUCUGCUAUACCAAGAAGGUGUACAGAAUAUGCUAUUCAGCUGGACCAGAAUCCUUGGCUGGGCAUUUAAUGGGGUUUUGAGCUCCACCUUGAUUUUCUUCUUCUGCGCCUGUGCAAUGGAGCAUCAAGCCUUCCGCAAAGGCGGGGAGGUGGUUGGCAUGGAAAUCUUUGGGGCAGUAAUGUUUACAUGCGUGGUUUGGGUUGUCAACUGUCAGAUGGCACUCUCCAUCAACUAUUUCACACUAAUUCAGCAUGUCUUCAUCUGGGGUAGCAUUGUUUUUUGGUAUAUAUUCCUCUUGGUAUAUGGGGCCAUGGACCCCAACAUCUCCACGACCGCCUACCAGGUCUUCAUUGAAGCCUGUGCACCAGCUCUAUCUUUCUGGCUUGUCACACUCUUUGUAACUGUUGCCACCCUCCUUCCAUACUUCAGUUAUGCUGCCAUUCAAAUGAGGUUUUUCCCCAUGUAUCAUCAGAUGAUUCAAUGGAUAAGAAAUGACGGACACUCUGAGGACCCUGAGUAUUGCCAAAUGGUAAGGCAGAGAUCAUUGCGAUCCACAACAGUAGGUUAUACCGCACGUUUCAGUCGCUCCAAAUUGGAGCUUCCAGAGCAGAUAUGACACACUUUUGCAAAGGACCAGUUCCUUCUCAAGUAUAUAUUUAUUGCAGAAAUUGGGCUUUCACCAUUUCUGCUAGGAAAGAGAGUAUCCCAUGGCUAAUGAGGUAUCAAGGGAGAUCUUUUGGUUAGAAGAUAAAAUGUGCAAAGCUCCAGAACUUUAAUUUUGAUGUUUUGGUUGCUUUGAGGCCAUAUUUUGUCGCUUUCUAUUGCUGUAUCAGUCACUCCAUGUUCGAUCUUUUCACUCUCAAAGAGUACGAAUGAGAGGGGUGUUACAUCUUUUUCCAUUCAACUUUCACUACAAUAAAGAUAGCUCCAUGUUGACAUUCUCAAUUUGGAUUUUAAGAAAUUUAUAUUCUCCUUUUCC